CCCACUGUCUCUCUCCUCUCUAAAAUCACUCACUCCCUUUAUUAACAGAAAGACACUUUAACUUGAUUUUAACUCCAACUUCAUUCAGGGUUCAAGCUCUUUGUGUGUGGAUCUACAACACACAGCUUCCUCUUUUCUUCCUCAUCUUGAAAAUGUCGACGAAUGGUACCGAUUCUACAAAGAUUCCGGCCGUUUCAAAUCCAUUAGCCGAGAAACCAUCAGAAAUAGCAUCAAACAUCAAUUACCAUGCAAAAUUCACUCCUCAUUUCUCCCCUUUCAAAUUCCAACCUGAACAAGCUUACUACGCUACCGCUGACAGUGUUCGUGAUCGACUCGUCCAACAAUGGAAUGAGACUUACGAACACUACCACGAGGUUGAUCCAAAACAAACGUAUUACUUAUCCAUGGAGUAUCUUCAAGGACGAGCUUUAACUAAUGCAAUCGGGAACCUCAAUCUACAAGAUGCAUAUGCUGAUGCUCUUAAUAAAUUAGGACAUGAUCUCGAAAACAUUCGUGAACAGGAGAAAGAUGCAGCAUUAGGAAAUGGUGGUUUGGGAAGGCUAGCAUCAUGUUUUCUGGACUCCAUGGCGACUUUGAAUUUACCUGCCUGGGGUUAUGGUUUAAGAUACAGAUAUGGGCUGUUUAAGCAGAGAAUCUCCAAGGAAGGCCAAGAAGAGACUGCUGAAGAUUGGCUAGAGAAAUUUAGCCCUUGGGAAGUUGUGAGGCAUGAUAUUGUGUUUCCUAUCACAUUCUUUGGACAUGUUGAGGUUACACAUACUGGAUUUCGAAAAUUGGUUGGAGGAGAGGUCAUUCAGGCUUUGGCAUAUGAUGUCCCGAUUCCCGGAUACAAGACAAAAAACACUAAUAGUCUUCGUCUAUGGGAUGCAAAGGCUGUCGCUCAGGAUUUUGACUUAUUUCAGUUUAAUGAUGGGCAAUAUGAAACUGCAGCUCAGCUUCAUUCAAAAUCUCAGCAGAUUUGUGCAGUUCUGUAUCCUGGUGAUGCUACUGAAAAUGGAAAGCUUUUAAGGUUGAAACAACAGUUUUUCCUCUGCAGUGCCUCACUUCAGGACAUUAUUGCCCGAUUCAAGGAAAGGAGAGAUGAGAAGGGCUCAUGGAAUUGGUCUGACUUUCCUACCAAAGUGGCAGUACAACUGAAUGAUACUCAUCCUACUCUCGCUAUUCCAGAACUGAUGCGUCUGCUAAUGGACGUAGAAGGACUUGGCUGGGACGAAGCUUGGGAUAUAACAACUAAGACAAUUGCUUACACCAAUCAUACAGUUCUUCCCGAAGCACUAGAGAAAUGGUCACAGGUUGUCAUGAAGAAACUUCUCCCUCGCCAUAUGGAAAUCAUUGAAGAAAUUGAUAAGCGUUUUAUGGCGAUGGUAUCUUCUACUCGAUCUGACCUUGAAAGCAAGCUCUCCAGCCUGCGCAUUCUGGAUAACAACCCACAAAAGCCAGUUGUGCGGAUGGCAAAUAUGUGUGUGGUUUCUGCACACACGGUAAAUGGUGUCGCCCAGUUACAUAGUGACAUAUUGAAGGCGGAGUUAUUUGUGGACUAUGUCUCUAUAUGGCCUACCAAGUUCCAGAAUAAGACCAAUGGCAUUACUCCUCGCAGGUGGCUCCGAUUUUGCAGCCCUGAGCUCAGCAGCAUAAUCACCAAAUGGUUGAAAACUGACGAAUGGGUUACCAACCUUGAUCUUCUUGUUAAACUUCGCCAAUUUGCUGAUAACACGGAGUUGCAAGCUGAGUGGGCAUCAGCAAAGAUGGCUAAUAAACGCCGCUUAGCAGAUUACAUAUUACAGGUGACCGGUUUGACCAUUGACCCUGACAGCCUCUUUGACAUACAAGUUAAGCGCAUUCACGAGUACAAGAGGCAGCUGAUGAACAUUUUGGGUGCAGUUUAUAGAUACAAGAAGCUAAAGGAAAUGAGCUCUGAGGAACGGGCCAAGACAACAGCUCGCACCAUCAUGAUUGGAGGAAAGGCAUUUGCAACAUAUACAAAUGCCAAAAGAAUAGUGAAGUUGGUGAACGAUGUUGGGGCCGUGGUCAAUAGUGAUCCUGAGGUCAAUAAAUAUUUGAAGGUUGUUUUUGUUCCGAACUACAAUGUAUCUGUUGCUGAAAUGCUCAUUCCAGGGAGUGAAUUAUCACAGCAUAUCAGUACAGCAGGCAUGGAGGCUAGUGGUACAAGCAACAUGAAGUUUUCACUGAAUGGUUGUCUCAUAAUUGGAACACUAGAUGGGGCUAAUGUAGAAAUAAGAGAGGAAAUUGGAGAAGAUAACUUCUUCCUCUUUGGCGCCACGGCUGAUGAAGUCCCGAAACUGCGCAAGGAUAGAGAAAAUGGGCUGUUCAAGCCUGAUCCCCGUUUCGAAGAGUCCAAGGAAUAUAUAAGAAGCGGCGCAUUUGGUAGUUAUGACUAUAACCCGCUUCUUGACUCUUUGGAAGGGAACACUGGUUACGGUCGGGGUGAUUACUUCUUGGUCGGUCACGACUUCGCAAGCUACAUGGAUGCUCAGGCCAAGGUGGAUGAAGCUUAUAAGGACAAGAAAAAAUGGCUAAGGAUGUCCAUCUUGAGCACCGCAGGCAGUGGUAAAUUCAGCAGCGACAGGACGAUUGCACAGUACGCAAAGGAAAUUUGGAACAUCAAGGCAUGCCCAGUACCCUAAAGUUAAAGCCAAUGAUGGCUGUUGCUCUUUCUUACAUUCAUUUGCUAAAGAAAUAAAAUCCCAACAAAAAUCUGAAACUGUAAUGGAGGCGUCAAGCUUGCCUAUUUCCAUUUGUAUGCUAUUUAGUAGUAGUUCUCACUUCAAUCUAUAUAAGAAGAAUUUCCUAUCUUAUAUUUUUCUUGGCACAUGAGGAGACAAGAUCCUAUAUGAAAUUAUCAUCAGUUCAUCA